CGCGCGACGAAAACAGAUGUUGGCGUGCGUUUCGUGUCUGUUACUUAAGAGUAGUAAACUAGACUGUAAGCUUUUGUCGUUGAGUGAAUCGACUUUAUCAUAUCAUUCAGAGGCAAAAGCAGGGAACAAGCGGUUGCCACAUACCGCAGCAUUGGGAUGGAUAUGAAAGAGGACAUGUGUGAAACAAACACCAUGGAGAUCAUGACUGUAACGAUUAAGGAAGAGGACUGUGAGUGGGAGUCUGACCACUCUGAACAGGAAAGUCUCAGCGUCACAGAUGAGGAUUAUGAGCAGGCGACUGUGGACAUUAAAAAAGAGGCAGAGGAGACGACUGUCAGCAUUGAGGAACCCAAACAUAACAGCAACGUCAAGCUGAGAUCCGAGUCACUAAAGUGUGAAAAAAUGAGAAUGGAGGACAUUUCAUCUGUUCAAAGUCAGGUAGAUCAGCCAUCACCUUCAAAUCAGUCUAGGAAAACUCUGAUAUCCGGGUCCAAGGUUCUGACGCCAGCCACUUUAGAAAGGAGCUCUCUGCCUGUUGUGAAACCAACAAGGAUAGAUAAAUCUGUUCAACGACAAGUGCACAGCACAAAUUCAACUGCUUCAUGUGUUUUCCACGAGCGGAAGAAAAGGUUUAAACAAAAAUCAAAAUACAAUAAUAAGCAAGGCAGUCGUAAACUAAAGAAGCCACAUUACUGUACAGAAUGCGGAAAGCAAUUCUUCUGCAGUAGCCUGCUUAAAAAUCACACAAGAAUUCACAGUGGAGAGAAGCCAUAUUCCUGUUCAGAAUGUGGGAAGCAAUUCUCGCAGUCGGGCAGUCUUUAUAACCACUCAAGAAUUCACUCUGGGCAGAAGCCAUAUUGCUGUACUGAAUGUGACCAACGAUUUGUUAGCAAUAGCAGCCUUAGGAGGCAUACCAGAAUUCACACUGGAGAGAAGCCAUAUUGCUGCACUGAAUGUGGCAAGCAAUUCUCGCAAAUAGGCAAUCUUCUGGCCCACCAAACAAUUCACACUGGAGAGAAGCCCUAUUGUUGUACUGACUGUGGGAAAGAAUUCUCAAGGAUCGUCCACCUUAAGAAACACAGAAGAGUUCACAGUGGGGAAAGGCCAUACUGCUGUUCUGAAUGUGGCAAACGAUUCACCACCAGCAGUAAUCUUCAGAGACAUUCCAGAAUUCACACAGGAAACAAACCUCACUGCUGUUCUGAAUGUGGCAAACGAUUCUGGUACAAGAGUGCUCUUCAGAGCCACAAACGAAUUCACACUGGAGAGAAGCCAUAUUGUUGCUUGGAGUGUGACAAACAGUUCUCUGACAGGAGUGCACUUCAGAAACACACAAGGAUUCACACUGGAGAGAAGCUGUAUUGCUGUAAUGAAUGUGGCAAACAAUUCUCACAAACUGGCCAUCUCCAGAGCCACAAAAGAACUCACACAGGAGAGAAGCCAUAUUGCUGCUCUAAAUGUGGUAAACAAUUUUCUGACAGAAGUAGUCUUCAGAGACACACUAGAAUUCAUACUGGAGAAAAGCCAUAUUAUUGUUCUGAAUGUGGCAAAGAAUUUUCGCAAAGGGAUGGAUUUGAGAGCCAUAAAAGAAUUCACACUGGAGAGAAGCCAUAUUACUGUAAUGAAUGUGGCAAACAAUUUAGUUACAAGAGCAAUCUUCAAAGCCACAACAGAAUUCACACCGGGGAGAAACCUUAUUGCUGUAAUGAAUGUGGGAAAGAAUUCUCACAAAUAGGCAGCCUUCAGAGACACACUAAAAUUCACACUGGAGAGAAGCGGAAUUGUACCGACUAAAGAGGGAGGUUCACUCCUGUCUUGAUAGUAGGCACACAAAGAAAAAUUUGGACAAAUUAAUUCAGAAAGAAGCCAUAAAAGAAGUUAAUUGGACAGUGAAAAUAAAGGAACAGCGGAAGGAGUGAAAUGUAACUCUCCAAGCUCUUGAAGACUUGAUUAGUACCUUCACAUGGGGGCCUUUUGUACAAGAUCCAUACCAAACCUCAUCAAAGUGAAACUACGUUUAUCUUGCAUAUAAACGUUUAUGUGUGGAAGUGUGUCUGUCUGUCUAGCCUGGAAAGUGUGAGGCUACAGCAUGAAGCUCAAAUAAAGCCACUUUGUUGCCAAAGUGAAAGCGCCGAGAAAAGAAAGUCACUUAGCUGCUAAUACACAAGCGAGGCGAGCACAUCGGCAAAACGAGACCUCAGAGAAGAGAGAAACUCACUUUGCUGCUGAUGGACAAUGGAGGUGAGAAAGUCGGCAAAACGAAACCGACGAAAAAAGAGAACCUCGCUUAGCUGCUUAUGCACAACUGAUGUGAUUGGUUGAUUGAUUGAUUGAAGUCCCAGAAUCCAUGGUUUCUAGGAGCCCAGGCUUACACAGCUAGUAAUAUAAUAAGAUCCAAAAAAGUCGUUCAUACUGGAUGAAUGUCUCUCAGGAUAAAAACGUGUCCAUCAUCUGCCUUGGCACUUGGGUAGGUGAUGGUGAUAGCGAUAGUGCAACAUCUACACAGGAAGAAAAGAAGACCUCCAAUGUGCUGUCAGUCUACAAGGACAUGGACAGUGAAACUGAUCAGACCUCGAAGGUGCAACUUGAGCAAGAAAUGAAGAGAACCGGACACUGAAGAUAAAGAGGAGAUCAUGUACUGCCUAUUUCAUUCAAUAAAUCCACAAUUUAUGACUAAAGGAUAUGCCAGGAAACCUCACACAAAACUCAAGCCCACAAAAGUAAUCCCUACAUCCAUAUUAAAUAAGAUAAUUGAAGCAAACCUAAGAUCUCUGAUUGGAACAGUUAAAGAAAGAAAGCAAAUAAGCUGAGAGACAUUAGAAUCCUUCCAAAGAACAGCAAAAGAAGGAAUGAUACAGGGAAAUGGACACCAUCUAGAAGCCAUGAGAACAGAACUAGCAAAGACCUGGGAUGAAGAGAACAGGAGAAACCUCAUGUGGUGUGGCAUUUAUACCAACAUGAAAGCAUCAGCAGCCAAACUUAAAAAAGAGAGGAAACGGGCAUAUUUGAAAAGAAAUUCAGAAAUAAACACCCACACUUGGAAAAUGAUCGUCACCUGAAAAUAAAAUGCAUUUAAAUCAAAUGACUCUUAAAUAAUGAUUUGGAAAAUAGGGAUGGAAGAACACUAAAGUGAAAGCGACAAUAACCAUUCAACACAACCUUCCCAAAGGCCAGAAUAGACAGAUGCACUGGAAGCGGAGUGAACAGAAAUAGAAAAAUCAACAAGAAAGAGUAGCAGCAGAAACGUCACUCAAAGGAAAGAAGUAAGUGAAGAGAAAAACCCUUAAAAUAAAAAAAAACUAGAAAAGACUUCAUUAAUGGAGGACAAAGAAAUCAAAGAAGAGCCCCUGAACCUGAUUGAUGUGGACAAGUGCAUGGAAAUACAGAGAAGAGAGAUGUUGCUGAUCAUAUCAUUAGACGAUAUCACACACUGUAUUAUAGCGAAGGUCAACAAGGCUAUAACUGUAAUAAAGCAAAGCCAACAGGAUAUAAUAACAACUUUCAACAGGAUCAGAAGUGUGCAGCCGAGCUUAUCACUUGAAAAGUGACAGUAUAGAGGAAAAUCAGAGUAAGGAGAAAUAGGCCUAGGUAGAGCAAGGAUGAAACAAGUUUAAUUAAAAAUAAUCCUCUCCUUAAUAGCAACCUACAGAGAAGGUGGGAAAUUGCACACACAAAAUCUUAGCCAAAAUACAACCAUUGAAUCCACAGUAUUGACUACUAAGAUAUGAAGGCUUGAACCUGGAUGAAAUCGAACUCUUUAAAAUGAAACUGCAACAAAAACCGAAGUCCUGCUAAUUGGCACUAAAUCUCAGCGUAAGAACAUGAGCUCCUUUUCAGUCACCCUUGGUGAGGAUGUCAUCAGACCUUCUUCUUCUUCUUCUUCUGCUUAUAAUCUUGGUGUCAUUUUUGAUUCCUCCUGUUCUUAUUCUAACCACAUACACCCCAUUAAGAAACUUUCUUACUUCUCCCUUUGUAACAUUUCCCGUGUUUGCUCCUUCCUCUCCUCUUCUAAAGUUGAGAAACUUGUCCAUAUAUCCCAUAUCGAUUACUGGAUCUCCCUACUAGCAGGUGCCUCUUCAUAUUGGUUUAUCAUAGCUCCAUUUGGAUCAAAACUCUGUUGCAAGAAUCCUGACACAGUGAGCACAUCCAAGCCAUCCUUCACUGGCACCCGGUAUCCUACAGGACUGAGUAUCAAACUCUCCUAAUAACCAGCAAAGCUUUUAAUUGCCUGGCACCGGACUUCAUCAGUGACCUUCUCUAUCACUAAGCCCCUUUGACUCAAGCAAUCGCAUUGCACCCCAAACUAAUCUAGGUUGGGUGAAAAAGCCUUCAGCUGUAUGGCACCCAGGUUUUGGAAUAACCUCUCUGUUAAUGUGGUCGGCUCCCUUGUCUCAUUCUUUUUAAAAAAAAAAUAAUAAAAUAAACAAAUAAAAACUCAUUUGUUCAGGAAGGCGUUGAACUUAUCUGGCAUUGUGACCCUUCAUUCGGUUUACCCUUUUUGUCCAGAUGCUCAGGAUGAUUUACAGUUCGGUCCAUAAAUAUUUGGACAGA